AUGAAGGCAUCCACUAUCCUCAGCUUUCAGCAGUCCACAAGAGCCAACUUGAGAAGGCCGUGGCAGACAUACAGAGACGGUCAGAUCUGGUAUGGUUACACGAAAUCUGGAUCUAAGAGACAUGCCCUCUACACCAAGCUGGGAAACAAGAACUUCUACAAAGGUACUCGCUCGUCCGGUGUUGGUAACUUGACGAAACACGGUGACUACAUGGUCAACUGGGAGAAGGUCAGAACAUACGUUGUGCCCCCGGACUUGGCCACCACCGACCUUAAACCAUUUGUCUCUAUCGACGUUCCACAAAUCUGGCAGAGAACUCCUGGCUACAGUGACAGCUUCAAGAGUCCUGAAUUGGCAUGGAACAAUAUCAAAGACUUUAUAGAAUACGGCGAGAACUACAAUGACGUGGAUUUGGAGAAGAACAACUACUUGGAGGAGUUCGUCAACCCAGAACGUGCACAGGCCGAGGCAGAGAAGAACUCUGUCAUUGUCAAGGACUAA